AUGGCACAAGAAUUCAUGGAUAGGUUCAAGUUUAACACUGAGGCAUUCCGGAACAGGCUCUACUUGAUGAAGUUGGAAAAGAAGUCAACCAGAGUCAUUCAGAGAGUAUGCGAUGCGGUGGAGAGCAGAUGCCGCAAAAGUUCAACCCCAAUGGCAGAAAGUGAGAUGACCUCUCUUUUUAUACAAUCCCAAAAAGAUGCAACGUACUAUGAAAAGAUGAUAAGUGUUGUAGGGCAAAAGUUCUUUGAGGUUGUCAGGAUGGGAGAAUUUAUUGAAGAAGGUAUUAAAACUGGGAGAAUCACUAAUUUGGCAGCCCUGCAGGCGACAAGUAAGGCAAUUCAGUCGGAUUCAAUCGGAGGAGCCCUUAAGAAGAGGAAGGACGGUGUGUCUGCUGUCAUGACCAUCCAGGAACGACGAAUUCCCAAUCCCCUUCCUGGAUGGUAUGACGAGACCAAGCAUUGUGCAUAUCACUCUGGAGCUGCUGGACAUGACACUGAAAGUUGCCUCACUCUCAAAGACAAGAUUGAGGCAUUGAUCAAAGAAGGAAUCAUUCAACUCAAAGGUGUUGCCCCCAAUGUAAACAACAACCCACUGCCAAAUCAUGGCAAUGUUAACAUGAUCACCGUUGAUGAAGAUUGCAACUUGGAAAGGACCAUAGUACCAGUCAAGAUAGAGAAGAAUGUCGAGACAUCGGCUUUUAUUUCUCCUGUAAUCACAGUCCAAGCACGAGCGCCAAUUGAAGUGGAAGUUUUUCUUCCCAAGCCUAGGAUUAUGGCCUUUGUCGCUCAAUCAUCCCCUUUUGACACUAAAGCAGUUCCUUGGGAUUACUCGACUGAUGCAAGGGACAAAGGAAAAGGAAAGAUAGUUGUAGAAGCCGCUGCUGCAGGAAUGACAAGAUCCGGGCGUUGUUAUACCCCUGAAGAAGUUGUACGAGGAGGACCAAACAAGGAAAACAACCAAAAAAAGGUUUGUGACAGGUCUGAAGUGGAAGAUUUCUGGAGGAAGAUGCCAACUAAGGAAUAUUCAGUUGUUGAACAGCUGAAGAAAACUCCUGCUCAAAUUUCCUUAAUGGCCUUACUGAUGAAUUUUGCAACUCAUAGGAACGCUUUGGUGAAGGUUUUAAGUGAAGCAUAUGUUCCAGCUGAGACCACCAGUUUGGGACAUAACAAAGCGUUGAACAUUACUGUCAGAUGUAGGGAUAAGUUUAUUUCAAGAGUUCUGAUUGAUAAUGGUUCAGCUGUUAACAUAUGCCCUUUCACUACUCUUCGAGCUUUGGGAAUCGACAUUGGAAAGAUUCGUGAAAGUCAUGUAAGGGUUAGAGGCUUUGACGGGACACAAAGGGGAGUCAUUGGAGAAAUCGAUUUGCCAUUGCAAAUUGGACCUGUGGAGUUCAUUGUGGAAUUCCAAGUAUUGGAUAUAUCUGCUAGUUAUAAUUUAUUACUUGGAAGGCCAUGGAUUCAUAUGGCUGGUGUGGUUCCUUCCACUUUGCACCAGACCUUGAAAUUUGUUUGGAACCAUCAGGAAAUUGUUGUUCAUGGGGAAGGUAACAACUCAAUAUAUCCUGAAAAUUCAGUCCCUGUUAUUAAAAGUAUGGAAGAGUUGGAUGGGUUUGUAUUCCAUAUUAGAGAAAUUAUGUGUGCUACUCAAGUUGGAAAGGCAAAUUUGCCACGUGUGCUUAUGAUGGUGGCUUGGGAAAUGUUGAAGAAUGGUUUUAUCCCGAGUCAAGGUCUUGGAGCGAAAUUGGAUGGAAUAGUGGAACCAAUUCAAUUGCCUGGUCAGAAAUACACCUUUGGUAUUGGAUACGAGCCUACUCCUGAAGAAAUCUCAUCGGCUAAUCUCAAAAGGAAAAGUGACGUUCCCUUACCACAACCUAUCCCGCCCUUGAAUCAGUCAUUUUCCAAGGCGUUUGUUGCACAAGGAUUAGAGGAAGCUAUUGAAGAUAACCUCACAGAAGGACUCAAAAACUUGUUCAUUGAAGAAGCUGAAUGCAAUAUGAUUUUGGAGGAUUGCACCAAGGCCCCGACCAUAUGGGAUGCUAUGCCUGGAGAUGCUUUGAACAAUUGGACUUGUAACCCGUCCCCGGUUCUCCGGGAAUCUUGCAAGCAAACUAAUAAAUCUGUCAAUGCCAAGAAUGUGACAUGUAAUGAAACAAGCGUACAAAACCCGAACAGUGAACAAACUUUUGCAGAAUAUGAAGAAGAUGUGCCGCCUGGAGAGUUGACCAAGGAGUUUGAACAUUUUGAGAAUAAAGAAAAGCCAAAUUUGGAUGAAACUGAGACGAUAAAUUUGGGAGAUUCAGCAGAAUUGGUGAGAGAUACAAGAAUUAGUGUACAUUUGACUCCGUCCCAAAGAAAAGAACUUAUUGAUCUUUUGAGACAAUACAUGGAUGUGUUCGCAUGGUCUUAUGAUGAUAUGCCAGGUCUAAGCACGGAUAUUGUUUCACACAGGUUGCCAAUUGAUCCCUCUUGCCCCCCAGUAAAGCAAAAGCCGAGAAAGAUCAAACCUGAUUUGAGUUUAAAGGUUAAGGAAGAAGUCUCCAAGCAAUUUGAUGUCAAUGUCAUCCGGGUCACCAAGUAUCCCACGUGGUUGGCUAACAUAGUACCAGUGCCAAAGAAAGAUGGAAAAAUCAGAGUAUGUGUAGAUUAUCGAGAUCUCAACAAGGCUAGCCCGAAGGAUGAUUUUCCUCUCCCAAACAUUCACAUACUUAUUGAUAAUUGUGCAAAGCAUGAGUUGCAGUCAUUUGUUGAUUGCUUUGCAGGAUAUCAUCAGAUUCUAAUGGAUGAAGAGGAUGCGGAGAAAACUGCAUUCAUCACGCCUUGGGGAGUAUAUUGUUAUCGGGUAAUGCCUUUUGGACUCAAGAAUGCAGGGGCAACAUAUAUGAGAGCUAUGACUACCAUAUUUCAUGAUAUGAUCCAUAAGGAGAUUGAAGUUUAUGUGGAUGAUGUCAUCAUCAAGUCACGGAAGAGCUCAGAUCAUAAAACAGAUUUGAAGAAGUUCUUUGACAGAUUAAGGCGGUACAAUCUGAAGUUAAAUCCCGCAAAGUGUGCAUUUGGUGUCCCUGCCGAGAAGCUGUUAGGUUUCAUCGUGAGUAGGAAAGGGAUAGAGCUGGAUCCUUCAAAGAUAAAGGCUAUUCAAGACUUGCCUCCUCCAAAGAGUCGAAAGGAUGUAAUGAGUUUUCUUGGUCGCCUCAAUUACAUUAGUCGAUUCAUUGCACAAUCUACUGUAAUUUGCGAGCCAAUCUUCAAGUUGCUGAGGAAAGAUGCUGCAACAAAAUGGACGGAAGAUUGUCAGAAAGCUUUUGACAGAAUCAAGGAGUAUCUAUCAAGUCCACCAGUCUUGGUGCCCCCAGAAUCUGGAAGACCGUUGUUGUUGUAUUUGUCAGUGUCUGACAAUGCAUUUGGAUGUGUGCUGGGACAACAUGACGAAACUGGAAAGAAAGAGCAAGCUAUAUAUUACUUGAGCAAAAAGUUCACUCAUUAUGAAGCUCGGUAUACUUUAUUGGAGCGCACUUGUUGUGCUUUGACUUGGGUUGCACAAAAGCUGAGACAUUAUUUAUGUGCGUAUACCACUUUUCUCAUCUCAAGGAUGGAUCCACUCAAAUAUAUAUUUCAGAAGCCUAUGCCCACUGGAAGGUUGGCGAAGUGGCAAAUUUUGCUAUGUGAAUUCGACAUUGUUUAUGUCACUCAAAAGGCCAUCAAGGGACAAGCGCUAGCUGAUCAUCUCGCUGAAAAUCCCGUGGAUGAAGAGUACAUGCCUCUUAAAACUUAUUUCCCUGAUGAAGAGGUUUUAUUUAUUGGAGAGGAUAUUUCCGAAGAAUAUCCCGGUUGGAGAAUGUUUUUUUAUGGUGCUGCGAAUUCCAAAGGAGUCGGUGCUGGAGCAGUGUUGAUUUCAGAAUCAGGUCAACAUUAUCCUAUCUCAACAAAGUUCAGAUUCUUAUGCACAAAUAAUAUGGCGGAGUACGAGGCUUGUAUUCUUGGGCUUAGAAUGGCUGUUGACAUGAAUAUACAAAAAUUGUUGGUUAUAGGUGAUUCCGACUUAUUGAUUCAUCAGGUUCAAGGCGAAUGGAGCACUAAGAAUGUGAAAAUACUCCCAUAUUUGUUGUGUGUGAAAGAAUUAUGCAAGAAAUUCGUCAAGAUAGAAUUCAAGCAUAUUUCACGAGCUCAGAACGAGUUUGCAGACGCGUUGGCAACCCUGGCUUCUAUGAUUCAAUAUCCAGACAAGAACUAUAUAGAUCCAAUCAAGGUCAAUGUGCAGGAUCAACCAGCCUAUUGUUUCCAUAUAGAUGAAGAACCGGAUGGAGAACCUUGGUACUAUGACAUUAAGAGGUAUCUUAGAGAAGGAGACUAUCCAGAAGGAGUAAACAAUGUUCAAAAGAGGACACUUCGGAGACUCGCAAAUCACUUUUUCCUAAGUGGAGAAAUCCUUUAUAGGAGGACUCCAGAUUUGGGAUUGUUAAGAUGUGUUGACUCUCAAGAGGCAAGCAAGUUGAUUGAAGAAAUACAUGGGGGUACGUGUGGGCCACACAUGAAUGGUUUCACUUUGGCAAAGAAGAUUCUGCGAGCUGGAUAUUUUUGGAUGACCAUGGAAACAGACUGUAUCCGUUUUGUGAGAAGGUGUUAUCAAUGUCAGAUUCAUGGUGAUUUGAUUCGGGUUCCACCGAAUGAGCUAAAUGUGACGAGUUCUCCUUGGCCAUUUGCAGCUUGGGGCAUGGAUGUCAUUGGCCCUAUUGAGCCAGCCGCCUCAAAUGGACACAGAUUCAUUCUGGUAGCUAUUGAUUACUUCACAAAGUGGGUAGAAGCAUCUUCAUACAAGUCUGUGACAAAGAAGGUGGUGACAGAUUUUGUUCGUAAUAACAUCAUUUGUAGAUUUGGGAUCCCCGAGUCAAUUAUUACAGAUAAUGGAGCUAAUCUCAAUAGUGGUUUGAUGCAUGAGAUAUGCGAGAAGUUCAAAAUUAUUCACCGUAAUUCCACUCCUUAUCGACCUCAGAUGAAUGGAGCAGUUGAGGCUGCCAACAAAAAUAUCAAAAGGAUAUUACGGAAAAUGAUUGAUAACUACAAGCAUUGGCAUGAGAGUUUGUCAUUUGCCCUUCUUGGCUACCGCACCACAAUCAGGACUUCGACUGGGGCAACACCUUAUCUUUUGGUUUAUGGAACAGAAGCAGUAUUACCAAUGGAAGUUGAAAUACCAUCUCUGAGGGUCAUCCAAGAAGCUGAGUUAAGUGAUGCCAAGUGGACGCAAAGCCGGUAUGAACAAUUGAUGCUCAUUGAUGAAAAAAGAAUUAAUGCAGUUUGUCAUGGGCAACUUUAUCAACACAGGAUGACCAAAGCUUUCAACAAGAAAGUAAGAUUGAGGCAGUUUGAACCGGGACAAUUGGUGUUGAAGCGAAUAUUCCCACACCAAGAUGAAGCUAAGGGCAAGUUUGCACCUAAUUGGCAAGGACCUUACAUGGUUCACCGAGUACUGACUGGAGGAGCUUUGAUUCUAGCAAAAAUGGAUGGCAAGAUAUGGCCAAAAGCUAUCAAUGCAGAUGCGGUUAAGAGAUACUACAUCUAG